AUGGUUCUUAUCGGUAAAGCAGAUAAAGAAGGAUUCAUAAAGAUAAAAACAUCGGCUGACGCCACACAGCUGGUCCAAUCCAGCCCAGUGCCAAUCGAAGUUGAAAAUGAAUCUCCAGAAACUCAUGUACAAGAAAGUGUCGAAAUCAAGGAAACAGAAAGUCAAAAUGUAGAACAUGAACAAGAGUUUGAACAUCAUUUGAACCUGCUGUGUCUGAAGAAAAGAAGGAAGAGAUUGAACCUGAGCAACAGCCUGAGCUUCUUGAAAGAAAAGAAGGGAGAGAUCGUAGUACCCGAAGCUUCUGAAGAGAAGAAAGAGGAAGUCGUAGUUCCCGAAGUUUCUGAAGAGAAGAAAGAGGAAGUCGUAGUGCCCGAAGCUUCUGCAGAGAAGAAAGAGGAAGUAGUAGUCCCUGAAGCCUCUGAAGAGAAGAAAGAGGAAGUCGUAGUGCCCGAAGCUUCUGAAGAGAAGAAAGAGGAAGUAGUAGUCCCAGAAGCCUCUGAAGAGAAGAAAGAGGAGUUUGUAGUUCCCGAAGCUUCUGAAGAGAAGAAAGAGGAAGUAGUAGUCCCUGAAGCCUCUGAAGAGAAGAAAGAGGAAGUCGUAGUUCCCGAAGUUUCUGAAGAGAAGAAAGAGGAAGUCGUAGUGCCCGAAGCUUGUGCAGAGAAGAAAGAGGAGUUUGUAGUUCCCGAAGCUUCUGAAGAGAAGAAAGAGGAAGUAGUAGUCCCUGAAGCCUCUGAAGAGAAGAAAGAGGAAGUAGUAGUCCCUGAAGCCUCUGAAGAGAAGAAAGAGGAAAUAGUAGUCCCUGAAGCUUCUGAAGAAAAGAAGGGAGAGAUCGUAGUUCCCGAAGCCUCUGAAGAGAAAAAAGAGGAAGUUGUAGUUCCCGAAGCUUCUGAAGAGAAGAAAGAGGAAGUCGUAGUGCCCGAAGCUUCUGAAGAGAAAAAAGAGGAAGUAGUAGUCCCUGAAGCCUCUGAAGAGAAGAAAGAGGAGUUUGUAGUUCCCGAAACUUCUGAAGAAAAAAAAGAGGAGACCGGUGGAUAA